CAACACCUCGCCCUCGACUCCAUCUUCUUCAUACAUCCGUCGCCACACCCUCCUCCCGCUCAUCAAUCUCCACCUUUACACACCACCACUUUCUCCAACAAACUCACAAUCAUGGAGCGGUUAAGUCGCAUGCUAGCUGCCGCCCAGAGCAUGGGCGGUAUGGGAGGCGGUCCUGCGCAGGACACUAACCUGAUAGACAACUCAGAAACCGUCUACAUCUCCUCGCUCGCCCUCCUCAAAAUGCUACGGCAUGGCCGCGCCGGCGUGCCCAUGGAAGUCAUGGGCCUGAUGCUCGGCGAGUUCGUGGACGACUACACAGUCCGCGUCGUCGACGUAUUCGCGAUGCCGCAGAGUGGGACGGGCGUCAGCGUCGAGGCCGUCGACCCCGUGUUCCAGACCAAGAUGAUGGACAUGCUGCGACAAACGGGGCGGCCCGAGACGGUCGUCGGCUGGUACCACUCGCACCCGGGCUUCGGCUGCUGGCUGUCGUCGGUCGACAUCAACACGCAGCAGUCGUUCGAGCAGCUGACGCCGCGCGCCGUCGCGGUCGUGGUGGACCCGAUCCAGUCCGUCAAGGGCAAGGUGGUGAUUGAUGCUUUCCGCCUCAUAAACCCGCAGACCCUCAUGAUGGGCCACGAGCCGCGCCAGACGACGUCCAACGUGGGCCACCUGAACAAACCCUCCAUUCAGGCUCUCAUCCACGGCCUCAAUCGCCACUACUACUCCAUCGCCAUCGCGUACCGCAAGACGGGGCUCGAGGAGAACAUGCUCAUGAACCUGCAUAAGCACGUGUGGACAGAAGCACUGCAGAUGGACGAUUUCAAGCUCGAGGGCGAGCGGAAUAAGGACCGGCUGAAGAAGCUGGUCGGGCUGGCAGAGGGGUACGAGAAGCGGGUGAAGGAGGAGACGGAGCUGACCAAGGACCAGCUCAAGACGAGAUAUGUGGGCAAGGUGGAUCCGAAGAAGCAUUUGGAGGACGUCGGCCAGCAACUCAUCGAAGACAACAUCGUCUCCGUCUCCCGCCAGAUGAUCGACAAGGAAGCCUCGGUGCCGAAAGGCAACAACAACAGCGCAAACGGCGACGCGAGCGGGGAGAUGGACGUCGAUGACGAGCUAUGAGAAAACGCAUAGAACGGCGAGGGCGUUGGGUCUGUCUGGGUGUCUUUGUGUAUUAUCAUAAUUGCCACGUUCGGCCGUGGGGUGCUAUCUGCCGGAUAACAUAGAAGCGUCCUGGGCAGCUUCUUCCACGCUAAGUAGGCUUGUCAUCACGAAGCAAGCAAGCAAGGUUCCCAAAUGAAAAUCAAACAUCAACAUCAAAUACAUUUCAUGUCCGUUCUGAGUGCG